UUGAGUAUUGGGUCAUUUUGGUACCAGUGAUCCACUAAUGAAGGCCGUGCUUUUUAUUAAAAGACACAUUUUUCUGUUGCCAUCCUUCGUGUCUAUAUAAAGUCAGUACAUUUGAAAGUUCUACAGAUUCACAGCCAGGAAGGGUUCGGCUGCUGCGAGAUCACCAGGAAGAGCAGAUGCAGUCCUUCAGCAGUUGGAUCCACUCUGCAGAUAUACAGACAAACCGCUUGGAAGACAAACCAAGAUCUGGGCGUCCAAGAGUUUCUUCAGCAAGAAAUGACCACAUCCUUAUCUGCAUGUGCAGAGAAAACCACUGAAUGACAUCAUAGGAGCUCCACCAGCAGUGGUCAAAUCGAACUGGUGUCCAGUGUUCCACCCGCACUGUACAUGGUUGACUUUUGGAUUAUGGCUUAAGGUCAAGAAGCCCUUGAUCAGUGAGAGAGAGAGGUUCGUCUGGAGUUGUUGGGCUCAAGGACACAAGAACAGGACAGUCAGGAAUUGGAAGAAUAUUCUGUUGAUCAGAUGAUUCCAGUUUCUAGCUUUAUCUUCCUCCUGCUAAUGUGAGGGUACGCGGAAGGCCAGGCCAAGCAUCAUUUCCAGCAUGCACGAGUUGCUGGUGUUGAGAUGGCACAUUGAACUCUGCCAAAUAUUGUGCCAUUCUCCAAACCCACAUGCUCCCUUCUCCACAUGCACUGUUCCAUCAAGGUCUAAACUGGAUGUUUCAACAAGAUAACGUCUCUUGCCACACAUCCAGGGCCAGUAGAACUUGACUGCAGGAGUACAGUAUUUAUCUCUUAGAGUGGCCAGCUCCAUGUCUGGACAUGAACCCCAUUGAAAAUCUGUGGUGGAUUUGGAUAAACAAAAUAAAUAUAUUUCAAACACACACACAGAAAUUCCCCACAAAAAUUUCAUGAUAAUAUUUGAGAUUGUGUAAAGUUUUAAGGGUGUCAGAAGAUCUAGGGACCUAAGAGUACAGUUUUGGCAUAAUUUCUUGGCAUAAAGAAGGUCACAAUGAAUGCUGGAUACCCAGCUACAGAUCCAGGAGCCAUAUUGUUGAUAGUUCAGGAAUCAGUCUGCCAUUGUAACCUUUAAACUGCAAGACAAAUGACACAUGACCUGUACCUGUCACGCAUAAGAUCCCUCUUACAAAGGCUUGUAUCCCAUGCUGUUCACUUGCCAGUUGGAGGUAAACAACUCUGGGCUAAAACUCUACCUUAUUUCUACAGUAUCUGCACCAGUGGUGUUAAUUGGCUCUUAACUCUGAAACCAAAUGCACUUUUCUCUCUCUUUCUUUUUCUUUCAUAUUUUAUAAAGGUGCAAGAAGUCUUCCUUCUCUCUUUGGACCAUUUGCUUCCUUCUAGCACUUGAGUGCAUUUUUCAUUAGUUUAUCUGUCAGGGACAGUGCACAAUAAUAAAUAAUAAGUUGGAGUACAAUAAAUCACAAUUGAGCCAGAAUUAGCCAAGAGGAUAGUUUUCAUCCACUGUCCCUGGCCACAUGUUAAAAGCCAACCAUAACAACUGUUCAUUGUGUAGCUAAAGCUGUGUUUUCUGUAGUCUAACUGUGGUGUUUGCUUCAGUGACAUGAACAACCAGUCUCAGCACACUAUGAAAAUGGAAUCGCUAAUAACACUUAUGAGUUGUUAUGGACUGUUUCUAUAUUAAAUGUUACCUUUAUAUUAGGCCAUAUGAAAUCAAUAUUGGGGUAAGCUAGUUGUUAUUAGAAGCCAAGUUGCAGUUUUUGCCAAAAAUAAAUCUAACAGCACUGGACGAAGUCCUUCCAAACAGGACAUCUAAAACAGCCUCUGCCUGUUGGCAAAAUAAAACGAUCUUUACAUACCUUCAAUAAUUAAAUAUGAUCAGCAAAUCUGCAUUUAGUCCUUUCCUACGUCUUUUGUAAUGCUGCUAUUACAUACAGUGCUACCAGUAAAGACUAAAUUGAAAUAAAAGCACGCAAUUUUAAGUCCUUAAGUUAUACACCCUUAUUACACUCUGAUGAUUAGAAAACAAAUAAAUCGAUUCCUCAAUCGACCUGAGCAAUUUUGUAUUUUAAGUAGGAACGUGAAACAGUUACCUUAAAAAAUACAUUCUUGGAUUUCUUCUCAUCUUUUUAUCAUCUCUAAUUCUUAAUGCUCUAUGAUUUUUUUAUGUUGAUAUUUGUUUAUUUUUUCCCAACAAGAUGUGCCUAGACAUUUCCACCGUGGUCUAAUUAAACUAUUCUCUUAUUUUGAAGGAUCAUGUUAAAAUGACUUUCCUAAAAAAUAAAAGCAAAUUGAACGCUUUUCAAGUGAUCGUUUUAUUUGAUCGUUAUUUGUUUGAAACAUUUGUGUUUCACAUUUGCCAAAAGACAAACUACAUUUGAAAUGGGUACAGUUGCCCACAAAAAGCUGAAAGGCAAAGUGAGUUAUCAUCCAGCGGAGAGGCACCGUGUCCGUGGGUGAAUGGAAGCAGUCUGGACAGAUAAGAUAGCUGGAGCUAGAUAGACGGCGCGCUUCGUGUAGUAGACACUGGAGUAUGCGGGAGUGGUUUGUCAUUUUCUAGUAGCAUAAGCGCUGACUAUGUAUUGUGCCAGGUGGCUACCGUAAUAACACCAGUAUCCAGAUCCGGGCCUCAAAUGGAGCAAGGGACAUCUCGUGAAAUGCAGAAUGGAGCAGCGGGGCAUCUCAGACUGUCCGGGGAGCGGGAGGAGACCCCGGGGCAGGAGGCGAGGAGCAGAAAGGGGAGCGCCGUGAUGUCGGAAAGAGACACCACGGAAAAGGCGACAGCGCAGUAUGGGAGCUACGAAACGACUGAGAACCAGGCUGAAACCGGAGAGGAAGAAGAUGUCGGCGCAUACGAAGAGGAAUUAGACCCAAGAAUCCAGGAGGAGCUGGAGCACCUCAACCAGGCCAGCGACGAGAUAAACAAGCUGGAGCUGCAGCUGGAUGAUGCCAGGUCCAGCUACAGGAGGAUUCUUACUGAUUCUGCCAGGAAACUUAAUGCUCAGGCCUCCCAACUUGGUGCAUGCAUUGAGAAAGCAAGACCCUACUAUGAAGCUCGCAGACUUGCCAAAGAGGCCCAACAGGAGACCCAGAAAGCAGCUCUGAGAUAUGAGAGGGCUGUGUCCAUGCACACUGCUGCUAGAGAGAUGGUGUAUGUGGCAGAGCAGGGCCUGUUGGCUGACAAGAACACCAUGGACCCGACCUGGCAGGAGAUGCUUAAUCACGCCACUGCCAAGGUCAAUGAGGCCGAGGCGGAGCGCUUUCACAGCGAGCAAGAGCAUCAGCGUGUCACUCAACUCUGCCAGGAUGCAGAAGCUCGAGUCCAGACUCUCCAGAAAGCCCUCAGGAAAGUCAUCCUCAAGUCCAAACCGUAUUUUGAACUCAAGGCUCAGUUUAAUCACAUAUUGGAGGAACAUAAGGCUAAAGUAGUACAUCUGGAGGAGCAGGUGGCAAAAGUAAAAACGCAUUACUCUGUGGCCCUGCGGAACCUGGAGCAGAUCAGCGAACAGAUCCACGCCCAGAGGGGGCAAAUCAGGGCAAGUCGGGGGAGCCCCGCAGUCUGCGGUGGGCGGAGCUCCCCUGUAGGUGCUGAGGCUGUAAUUGGGAUUCAGAUCAGCAGCCGUGUGGGAGUUGGUGGCGUAAAUUACAACUGGGCAGUUGGCGAAAAAACCCGGUUAUGGGUGGAGAGGCACAGAGAGAGUGGCUGGGGCCAGAGGGAGCAUGCAGACUCAGACUGCAUGUCAGUUAUCAGCCUGCAGACUAUAACCUCUGACCUUGAAAAGUGUGACUCUGUGGAGCACUUGGGUGACCUGAGUGAUGCUGGGAGUAUGUUGGGUGAGGAUCGGGACCACGACAGAAAGCCUAACAAGAGGCCAGUGAGCAGGGAGAUAGUGGCCAAGGGGGCCCAGCAGGAAAGGGUAGGGCAGGAGAAGCCAGAGAUGCAGAGUUUUGUUAAGCAGCACCACAGAAGUAUUAGUCUAUGAUAGUCAGCAGCAGGAGGAAGCUGGUGAGUGAGGAUCAGACAGAGCAUUUCAGGGGUUACAGAAGAGGUUAUGAGUGCAGAGGUUUUGUGACCUAACUGUGAGGCAGAAGAUGAGCUGAGAGAAAUAUGAAAAGCCACGACUGACAGUGACUGACGCUGCAGUUAGUAAGAGAGGAGGAGAAAGUUGGCAGGUACAUCAGUCACACACAAAGGAGUCUUUAUGUGACAGCAAUAACCAGAUAGAAUAGCCUUGCAGAGAACACUGUCCUCAUCACACACAUCUCAGGAAAACAAAAUAACAUGAUGUAAACACAUAGUGAUGUCUUAUUCAUUCAUCUGAUUUGUCAUUCCAUGUUGACAUGGUAUCUUCUUGUUUUAGCCUUAGGGGUUGUUUCAGGGGUCCUUUUAUUUUCUACUUCUUGAAAUGUGCCAUCAGCUAGAUUGUGCAGGGUCAGCUUUCAUUAGAGGCAUGCUUUAAUUAAAGUUUUUAAGACAGACGUGUCCCAGCAUCUGAACCAAUCUGGACAUGCCAAAAAACAAAUUUGGGCUGACAAUCUGAACAAAACCAAGCUGACUUGAGACUUUGUAGGCAGGGACAGAUGUCUCCAGGGCUUAAUAAAGGCAACAUGACUCAAACACAUAUUGCAUUUCUAAAUUGUAACAUUUGAAGAUGGUUGUUCCUGUACAUCUAAAAUGAGCCUAGUAAAACACAAUUAACAAGGAUUAACACCAUUUUAAUGAGAACCACAUACAUUUGUAAUGUCAAACAAAUUAAAAUUCAAGAAUCUUGAUGUUGAUCUAAAUGUUGGUAAGUUAUUGGCAUUACAUUCUAUCACUAUAUAAGUAUUAUAUUAUACAGGUAAUGCUACCCUAUAAAGUUGUAUUUGUUACAAAGUGAACUUCAGUGAUAAUAGAUAGGUCUUGAAAUAUGUGCAAAGCUUCGCAACUGUUCUAUUCAGCUGAUUGUGUAAAUAAACUCUUCAAGGGUUGGGUUUAAUGCAAGACCUUCACUUGACAAUUGGUCUCUGGUACGCUGGGAUACCUUUUUUGUGACAUUCACACAAGAGGGCUGGAGCCUUGCUAUUGCACUGAGAACCAGACCUUGGAAAAUAGCUAAAUAUGAGAGAAAUUCAAGAUUUAUUUGAAGUGCCUGCGAAUUGGAUAUGAUUAGCCAACAAUGACCCUAUUAUAAUAUCCUGAAUUAAUCCUAAGAGGUGUGUACCCAUUUUCAGAUUUACAAAGUUUGUUGCAAAUUAUAAACAAUAUUUUGUUAUGGUAUUGUUGUCCUCAGAUUAUUCCCAUAAUUAAUGCAGGAACUUGAAUGAUGAUAAUAGUGUCAUGUCUCAAGUAGGUGUCAUAGUUUGUUGGGCUGUCCUGACUGUGUACCCAAGGUACAUACAUGAACUAGAUGUCGAUAUUCUUGAACGUAAAGGAAACAUGUAUUUUCUAAAAUGAUGAUCUUUUUCAGUAAGAAUGUGAUCUUGCUCCAGGUUUUGUAUUUGUCAUCAUUGCAGAGGUAGCUGAUACUGACGGGCCUGACAGGCCUGACAGGUUUGAUUUUCAGUCCACGGCCAGCUGGAAUUGCUGUAUAUUGUAAACUGAAAUAACAUGUUCUCCAUAUAAAGAGUAGUGAAAACUACAAGAGGACUUAAAAUCCAGGGAGUGAUGUGUGCAUACUAGGUUUUGCAGAGCUGUGAUAUAAUUAUUUUAUGUAAAAGUGGGCUUACAAAGUAGCUGUAUGUUUGCACUUGAUGUCUUCAUUGCAGUGUAUUUAAUAAAUAAAAAAGUAUUUAAUAACUAACAAAUUUGUAGAAAGCACUGUACAUACUGGCAGUUCGUUCCAAGUGAAUAUACAGUAACAGUUGCAUAAUAUUGCUAAGCAUCAGGUAUUUUAUUUUAUAUGUUAAAGGGAUGUUAAAUGUUAUUUUAUGGAACUUAAGCAUUAAAAAGCUUACAUUACAAUGUAACUUACAUCACUGUGCUGUAACAAAGGACACUCAGUUUCACGUCUGAUUGAAGGUGGAAAUGAUUUAUUUUUUACAUAAAAAGAAAACAAAUCCUAA